AUGGGGACCGUCCUGGCGAUGGCAAGUCUGGUGGUGGCGCUGGCUUUCUCCCAGGUGGCGGCGCAGGGCAACGGCUGCUCGAGCGUGAUGAUGACCCUCUCCCCGUGCAUGGACUUCAUCUCGAGCAAGGCCCCGGAACCGGGGAUAUCCUGCUGCUCUGUGCUCGCUGGAGUCGUCCAGACCGAUCCCCGGUGCCUCUGCAUGGUUCUGGAUGGCACCGCGACGUCCUUUGGCAUCUCCAUCAACCAGACGAGGGCGCUGGAGCUCCCUGGAGUCUGCAAGGUCCAAGCACCACCGAUCAGCCAAUGCACAGGCAUCCCAACAGCACCGGCACCAGCACCUUCCAGCAACUCAGAAGCAACAGAGGAGGAAGAAGCUGAGGCAGCUGCGGAUGCACCUUCAGGAAACGGAACCUCAAGCUCCACAAACUCAAAGAAUGCAGCAAGUUUAGCGGCAACAAUGCUUAUUCCCGUUUGUGCAUUGCUCCAUGUCUUCUAAGUGUUGCUACAACUUCUAGUCAUCAUGCAGGAAUUAGAUCUGUACUUAAUCAUGAUUCUUUAUUGCCGUGCAUUUUGCACGAUAUGCCUUUCUGGUAUUUUGCAUCAAACAUGCUUUUUUCGUCCAGUGAAAUCAAUCCUCACCAAUUUCAGUGGAAUUGGUGAUCGAUAGCACAUGAUGAUUAUCAAGGAUAAGGAAAUCGCCCACCAAGUUCCUGUGAAAUAAACUAUUCACAAAAGGUUUCCCACUACUUUAAGCUAAUCAUUUAUAAUGUGACAUCUUGAUGUCACACAGCAGUUUGCUGUGAACCAAGCUAAUUCUCACCAAUUUCAGAGAGGCUUACAUAUAUAUACAAAAUCACAGUCCUACUUUGCUUUCAAAGAAUAUUGUGUUGCAACAUGUUGACAUGUUCGCGUCGAAAAGUAAAGUGAGACUUGAUUUGAAACCAUAAAUGAUGCCAAACAUGAAUUAAAACGUAAAAGAUAACAAUAGCGUGUCAUCAACAAUGUUCUAAAACAGCAUGCGUUCUACAACCCAAUGUAGCCAAGGAUUUACACCUCUCGAACCCGUGGUAUAAAGUCCAUGAAAAACACCAAAUUGCAGGCAAUCAUAUAAUGAAAUGUGGAACUAGCUAACAUUAACUAAGAAAAGCAGUAAAUAAUAGUGCCCAUGGUAAUUGGAAACAAUGAAUAGUAUGCAGAAUAAGAAAAUGAAGCAUAGCAUGGUAAAUUUGGCAUUACCAGCUGAUUAUGUGGAUCGUAGAGAGAUCAUCUCAGCAUUUUACUACCCUGAACAAAAAUAGUAAUGCUAAACCGGUUUACUAUUUCUCAGUGGAUAAAAUAAAUAUACACAUGAUUCAAGAAGAAAGACUGAAUUUCUGUUCGGGAAAUUAACAGCGUAUGCUUUAACCCAUAAGGCCAUAACUAAACCAUAAACACAAAAGAAGACCAAAAUAUAGCACUGCAGUUGUGUGAAUCUCAAAAUUCGCUAAAACUGUUCCGAGUUUAAGAUCAGCAUACAGAAUUUAUUGUGGGCUUUACACUUCCACCAAAAAUGCACAUGUUCUAAAGAACGUGAUUCUAAACACUCAGGUGCAAAUCAACUUAUCAACCCCUCAUCUAUGCACACAUGCUGUUUUCUUUUGGAAAUACAAAAGGCACUUCCUCAAUUAGGUCCAGACCAUGUCAAACCUCCACCAAAUAAAAACAGUUGGAUAAGGAUAUCAGUGGUUGAUUCGGAGAGGUUCAGAGUUAGAUUGCCUAAUGGCUAGUUGAUAAGGAUAUAGAUGGUUACCUUUGGUUCCAUAGAAAUCACCACGAGUUGAGUGACGUUCUCUUUCUGUUGUGCUUAGGCCUGCAGACAAGUAUGGAAUGCAUUCGGAGUCCCCAUUUAUACAGAAAAAGCAGUCAACCUCCAAUGUGCCUACUAUGACUGUAUGACUCAGAAUCAGAAAAGUCCACGCAAAACUGUGAAUACAUAGUAGAAUGGACUCACCUCGUUCCAUUUCAUCUGACAGGACUAAACAGUCAGCUGCAGAAAUAACACUACUAAUUUCCUGUACCUACAAAAACAGCAAAAACACAGCAUAUAAUACGAAAUCCUACUGAAUCGGCACAUCACCAAUUCCCUGAGGCAACACAUCAAAAUUUUGGGCUUCGGACAAGAUACAGGAGCGACAGCUUUAUAAUAAGUUGUUUAGAACUUACAAUGCAGGAUUUGAUCAUGCCCUGAUGCAUAAUAAGAACAACAGAGUAGAGGACCUGGCCAAACUUUCUUCAUUUUCAUCCGCUGCCUUUA